UAAUAAUAUUAGUGAAGAGAAAAGAAAAAUCGAUUGUUUAUGAUUCGAGAUUCUUUUCUGUCUUUCUUUUUGGUUAAUAAAUUGAAUUUACAAAGGAAGAAUAAGAAUGAAGUGAGAUAGAAUGAGAUAGGUAGAUAGAUAAUUAUAUUCGCUUUGGUAAGGCAUUGUUUCGUACGAAAUAACUGAGGGAGGUUAUGAGUGCUAAUAAUUCGCUACACACCAGAUGGAGCUAUUUGAGACCCAUUUCCGUUGUUAGCACGUGCUAAUUAGGGUAUUGUUACGCUAGACCUAAGUUGAAUAACUUAACCUUACGAUAUGAGGUAAAGUUAUUUUAGAAAGUUUAAACUAACUUGCUUUCAACUAGUUUACGCUUUAACAGUUUUUCUUAUUCAAAUAAUUAAUGUAGUCGGCAAGUGUUGCUUAUUAACCCAAAUUAUCUAUUCCACCACUCGAGCGAUAUUAAGUUAGACGGCUGAUGAAGAAAAUUUUAUGAACUUCUCUCAAACAGAUAAUUUUGUUUCUUUUUAGCGAAAUUGAUAUCAAGAGGAAAAUUAGAGGAAGAGGAAGAGGAAGGGGGACGUUUCUGUACAAAGACCUUGCGGCUAACCAUGAAAAUCGGCCGGGUGGUGCUACCAGUCACCGCGAGUGUUCGCAGCCAAAAAUGCAAAAUGAUUUUGAAGGCGUUUCUAAACGAAUGAAUGACUUGAAAGUGAACGAGAACAAUAACGAAUCGAAAAAUGCUGAAAGACCUGGUAUGAAAUUCAAAGCCUUGGCUUCCUACAAAAGGAACCUGGGCUCACCCAUUGGAGAUGAAAUUAAUCUCCAAGGUAAUAUCUUGUACACUUUCGUGAGCAAGCAUCCUAAUUGUGAAGGAUGGUGGAAAGUUACGAACGAGGAGGGAGCAUGUGGCUAUGUGCCAGGUAAUAGGCUUACUCCCUAUAAAAAACCUACAACACUUCCUUGGCUUGAGAAUAAACGAGAAGAGCAGGCAAACGAAACGCCUUUCUUCGGAGCGCUACCCCCAAAAGCCACACCUUACGUGCCUACUUACAAUCAUAAGGGGCUAACUGAGUUGGCCGCAAACAAGGGACCCGAGACGUACUAUUGUGAAAUAUGUGAUAAGCAAUUAAACGGGCCUCGACCUUUCACUGCUCAUCUAGCAAGUAGAGGUCAUAAAGAAGAAGUUGAAUUACGGGCAAUCUACGGAAACUAAGAAAUUUAUUUUCUGCCAAUAGGUUGUUAAUAAUUUAUGGCCGCUUAAUACAGCUCUAAUGUUUUGGUGCAUAUCUAUUAUAACUAGUUUCUGUUUAUACUAUGACAAACAAGUCUAUAGCGUAUUGAAUUGUGUUCCUCGGUUUUCCUCGCUUUAGCUUUUAUCGAUUUUUUCUUUCUUACUCAUGCAGUCUACCACUUAUUUCAGAUUUUCUUGUUUGCCAUGAUUCUUUAAAUAAGGCAUAUUACCUCCGCCUUGACAAAUACUUCCUUUAUUACAAUUUAAUGGUAGGAACAUUGUGCAUACGAAGUCCUUGUAAUUUCUUUUUGAGAGAGCAUGACAAAACCACAAAUAUCUAUUAUUAAGAGUGUAAAACGACCUAGUAACGUCGCAACUGACAAGUGCGAAUAUAUAAUAAAAAGCAAAAAUUAAAGCUAAAAAUAUCUCUUUUAAUUGGAUUUACC